ACCCAUUAACCAACCUUAGUCAAAGGUUGUUUGGAUGUCUCUUCCAAAGAUCUUCCCUCCGCAACAUCGUCAACUAUUACAAGACCUCAUAGAAUGUACUCACAACAAAAACAUCCUCAAAGGUCGAACACUUCACGCUCGCAUUCUAAAAACUGGUUCCAUCUCUUCCAUUUACGUCACCAACACUUUCCUCAAUCUCUACGCCAAAACCAAUCACUUAUCACACGCUUUAACCCUCUUUGAUUCUAUAAACGACAACGACAAAGACGACGUUUCAUGGAACUCUCUCAUCAACGCUUUCUCUCAAAACCAUUCCUCUUCAUCUUCUUCCUUCGCUAUAAGCCUCUUUCGUCGUAUGAUGCGUGCCAAUAAUGUGAUCCCUAAUGCCCAUACACUCGCCGGUGUUUUCUCGGCUGCUUCUAAUCUUUCUGACGUAGUAGCCGGAAAACAAGCUCAUUCUGUUGCAGUUAAGACUGGAUGUUCUGGUGAUGUAUAUGUGGGAAGUUCUCUUCUUAAUAUGUAUUGUAAAACUGGUUUUGUUUUCGAUGCUCGUAAACUGUUUGACAGAAUGCCUGAGAGAAAUACGGUUUCUUGGGCUACUAUGAUUUCUGGGUAUGCUUCUAGUGAUAUUGCUGAUAAGGCGGUUGAGGUUUUUGAACUUAUGCGGCGUGAGGAAGAGAUUCAAAAUGAGUUUGCUCUCACUAGUGUUCUAAGUGCAUUGACAAGUGAUGUGUUUGUGUACACUGGUAGACAGGUUCAUUCACUUGCUAUUAAAAAUGGUUUGCUUGCCAUUGUCUCUGUUGCAAAUGCUCUUGUCACGAUGUAUGCUAAAUGUGGUAGCCUUGAUGAUGCGGUUCGGACUUUUGAGUUUUCGGGGGAUAAGAAUUCGAUUACUUGGUCAGCCAUGGUUACGGGCUAUGCGCAGGGUGGGGACUCGGAUAAAGCUUUGAAGCUGUUUAAUAAAAUGCAUUCUUCUGGAGUGCUGCCUUCUGAGUUUACUUUAGUUGGGGUGAUCAAUGCUUGCAGUGACCUUUGUGCUGUUGUAGAAGGGAAACAGAUGCAUAGUUUUGCCUUCAAGUUGGGGUUUGGAUUGCAAUUGUAUGUUUUGUCAGCUGUGGUGGAUAUGUAUGCAAAAUGUGGUAGCUUAGCGGAUGCUCGUAAGGGUUUUGAGUGUGUACAGCAACCUGAUGUUGUUCUUUGGACUUCUAUCAUAACAGGGUAUGUACAGAAUGGGGAUUACGAAGGUGGUCUCAAUCUGUAUGGGAAAAUGCAGAUGGAGAGAGUUAUCCCCAAUGAACUAACAAUGGCAAGUGUCCUAAGAGCUUGUUCCAGUCUGGCUGCUCUAGAUCAGGGAAAGCAGAUGCAUGCUAGGAUCAUCAAGUAUGGUUUCAAGUUAGAAGUUCCGAUUGGAAGUGCUCUUUCUGCAAUGUAUACAAAGUGUGGAAGUUUGGAUGAUGGGUACCUUAUUUUUUGGAGGAUGCCUUCCAGAGAUGUAAUUUCGUGGAAUGCAAUGAUAUCUGGACUUUCUCAAAACGGUCAUGGUAACAAAGCCUUGGAGCUGUUUGAGAAGAUGUUAUUGGAGGGAAUAAAGCCUGAUCCAGUCACGUUUGUGAAUCUUCUCUCUGCCUGUAGUCAUAUGGGACUGGUGGAUAGAGGCUGGGAGUAUUUCAAGAUGAUGUUUGAUGAGUUUAACAUUGCUCCGAUGGUAGAGCAUUAUGCUUGCAUGGUUGACAUCUUAAGCCGUGCAGGCAAGCUCAAUGAAGCUAAAGAGUUCAUUGAAUCUGCAACGGUUGAUCACGGUCUGUGUUUGUGGCGUAUAUUAUUAGGAGCUUGUAAGAAUCAUCGGAACUACGAACUAGGUGUUUAUGCUGGAGAGAAACUAGUGGAGCUAGGGUCACCAGAGUCAUCUGCUUAUGUAUUGUUAUCAAGUAUAUAUACAGCUUUAGGGGAUAGGGAAAAUGUAGAGCGUGUCCGGAGGAUAAUGAAAGCCAGAGGGGUGAAUAAAGAACCUGGCUGUAGCUGGAUUGAGUUAAAGGGUUUGGUUCAUGUGUUUGUUGUUGGAGAUAAUCAACACCCACAAGUUGAUGAAAUACGGUUGGAGUUAGAGUUGUUAACCAAAUUGAUGAUAGAUGAAGGAUACCAACCUCUUUUGGAUAGAUUGCCUGAAACUGUUAUUGAUAAUUUGACAGAUCAAGAAGGAAGCGACGAGAUACAAAUUUCCGUUUGCGGUGGCUUGUAGCAAUACAGAAGAGACUAUCUAGCUACAUAUGCAAAAUGAUGGCGUUUGACUACUAACUGUUGCAAUUAGUGCAUUGCCGUAUCUGUCUGGUGUUUUUUGCCGGUUGCUUAACAAUGCAAGGAUCGUCACCCACCAACAAGGAAGGUAAUUGACAAGCCAAUGGUCCAAAUAGCCAGCAACCGAAAAUUUCAAGCCUGUGACGGACAUCCAGAUGUUUGAAACUUUUGGGUUUGAAAAUUGAAAGAAAGUUAGAGAAUUUGAGGAAUUACUAAAAGAGUGAAACUUCCAGCAGGAUCAGCCACAUCUUUCUGUUGGCCAAGAAAUUUUAAAACUGGAACAGCAAAAAUGUAAAUUGGAAAGAGGAUACUACUUGUCACUAAAGAUAUUAUCCACCAGCGUUGCAUGUAAACACCAAGCAAAUGAGUCUGUCCAGCUCCACGGGAUGAAAUUUGAAUUUGAGGAAUAAAAGUCAUAAUGUGAAAGGUUUAGGAGAUGACUCAGAAAGAACUUGCCCGAUUAAUGAGCUGUGUGUUUAAUAUAAUGAUACUGAUUUAUAUAGUUUGUAGUGAAACAACUAUUAAUAAGUUUUCUUUUCAAUUUAUCAGUUUGCAUCCAAUUUAUGUAUAAAAAAACCUUGUAUAUCGA